CAACCAGUCUGUGAGAACCGGUCCUGGUUCUGUUCCCCAAUUCUACCCUCUCCACUUGCUCUGUUCGUUCCCAAUUUCCCACUACUCUGCUAACACAAGCACACCUGAGCAAGUUAAGCAUCCGGCAUAGCAAUGCGCUCCCUGAUCUUCCAGCCCCUAGCGCAUCCGCAGCUGCUAUAUGCCUCCGUGUCCAUGUCGAUUCUCGUGGCCAUGGCCGCACAAGCCGGCGAUGGGGCCGCACUUCUGGCGUUCAAAGCCGCGGCGAUCGGCGGCGGCCACCACAAGCCGCUGCUUCCUUCGUGGAAGUGGAACAGCAGCAGCAGCGCUGGCGGCUUCUGCAGCUGGGAGGGGGUCAGGUGCGGUGCUAGGCAUCGCCGGGUGGUGGAGCUCACCCUACCCUCCUCUGGCCUCACGGGCACCCUGUCCCCGGCUAUUGGGAACCUCACCUUCCUAAGAACUCUGAACCUGACCUCCAAUGCUUUUCAGAGGAACAUCCCUGCAAGCAUCGGCCGCCUGGUACGUCUCAAGACGCUUGACCUGAGCUACAACAACUUCACCGGAGAACUGCCUGCAAACCUAAGCUUCUGUGCUAGUAGCUUACUGCUCUUGAACCUCCAAAACAACCAGCUCCAUGGCCGUAUUCCUGUUCAGCUCGGUCAGAAGCUCAGAAACCUUCGUAAGCUCUCACUGAGAACGAACAGCUUCACGGGCGAUAUCCCAGUAUCACUAGCCAACAUGUCGUUUCUAAGCUAUCUUGAUCUCCUAGAGGGACCCAUACCAGUUCAACUUGGCAGCAUGGGAGACCUACGCUUCCUUUAUCUCUUCGAGAACAACCUCUCAGGUCUGCUUCCACCCUCUCUCUACAAUCUGUCCAUGCUGCAAGCUCUCGUCGUAGCUAACAACUCCUUGUCUGGAACCGUUCCUACUAAUAUUGGCGAUAGAUUCCAUAACAUUGAAAAUCUGAACUUUGCUGUCAACCAGUUUCAUGGAACCAUCCCGCCUUCACUCUCCAACCUCUCUGCUCUUACGAACCUUGUGCUUUCGGCAAACAGUUUUGUUGGGCACGUUCCUUCUGCCUUUGGGAGACUGAAAGAUCUCGUUAUUCUGUACUUGACAUCGAACAAGCUGGAAGCAAAUGACAGGGAGGGGUGGGAAUUCAUCACUCAGCUAGCGAACUGCAGCCAGCUUCAGCAACUGAUUCUUCGCGAUAACUCCUUCACUGGAAAACUUCCUAGCUCAAUCGCAAACCUGUCGACAACCCUCCAGUACCUUGAUUUAGGCGACAACAGGAUUUCUGGGUUUAUUCCAUCCAGUAUCGGUUAUUUGGUUGGUCUGCAAGUCCUUGCGAUGGCCAAUACUUCCAUAUCCGGAGUGAUUCCAGAGAGUAUUGGUCACCUACAAAACUUGGCCGUGUUAGCACUUUACAUCACUAACUUGUCAGGCCUAGUACCUUUGUCACUAGGAAAUCUUACGCAGUUAAACGUACUUCUUCUAUAUAAUGGCGACUUGGAGGGGCCAAUUCCAGCAACCUUAGGGAACUUAAAGAAUGUCUAUAGCCUUGAUCUGUCAAACAAUAGACUCAAUGGUUCAAUCCCCAGAGAGGCCUUAAAGCUUCCUGCACUUUCUGAGUACCUUGAUUUAUCAUACAAUAUGUUGUCUGGGCCACUUCCUACUGAAGUUGGUAGCUUGGCAAACCUUAAUAACUUGUAUCUGUCAGGAAACCAGUUACUAUCUGGCAGCAUACCAGAUAGUAUCGGGAAAUGCCUAUCGUUGGAACAGCUUAAACUGGACCAGAACUCGUUUGUGGGAAGCAUACCUCAAUCUCUAGAAAAUUUGAAGGGUCUCGCUCUACUGAACCUAACAAUGAAUAAGCUAUCUGGAAUAAUUCCUCAUGCCCUUAGUAGUAUUCGUGGCCUGAAAGAGUUGUAUCUAGCUCACAACAACCUGUCUGGUUUGAUACCCUCAGGUUUACAGAAUUUAACAUUCUUGUAUGAAUUGGAUCUGUCUUUCAAUGAUCUGCAAGGUGAAGUGCCAAAAGGGGGUGUUUUUUCAAAUGAAACGUACUUUUCAAUUUACGGCAAUGGAGAGCUUUGUGGCGGAAUACCUCAAUUGCAUUUAGCUUCAUGCUCCAUGUCUACUAGACAAAUGAAAAACAGGCAUUUGUCCAAAUCCCUUAUCAUCUCCCUAGCAUCAAUCAGUGCACUUGUAUGCUCCGUUUUAGUGGUGAUUCUUAUUCAGUUGAUGCACAAGAAGCUCAGAAAAAGGCAUGAAAGUCAAUUCAUAUCCACAAUUGAGGAACCGUAUGAAAGAGUUUCUUACCAUGCAUUAUCGAAUGGGACCAGUGGUUUUUCAGAGGCCAAUUUGCUUGGACAAGGAAGCUAUGGCAUAGUUUAUAAAUGUACUUUACAUGAUGAUCAGGGAACUAUAGUAGCUGUAAAGGUGUUUAACACACAGCAACGUUCGGCUACUAGAAGUUUUAUGGCUGAAUGUGAGGCGUUGAGAAGGGCCCGUCAUCGUUGUCUUAUAAAGAUCAUCACUUGUUGCUCAAGCAUCAACCCCCAAGGUCAAGAUUUUAAGGCACUCGUUUUUGAGUUCAUGCCAAAUGGUAGCCUAAAUGGUUGGCUCCACCCAGAGUAUGACACACAAACACUUGCUCAGACAAACACUCUUAGCCUGGAACAAAGGCUAAAUAUUGCUGUCGAUAUCAUGGAUGCUUUGGACUAUCUACAUAAUCACUGUCAGCCGCCAAUCAUUCAUUGCGAUCUUAAGCCAAGCAACAUCCUUCUUACAGAAGACAUGAGGGCCCGAGUUGGAGACUUUGGUAUAUCAAGAAUCCUCCCAGAAUGUGCUAGUACAACACUGCAAAAUUCAACAAGCACAACUGGAAUAAAAGGCACCAUUGGUUAUGUUGCACCAGAGUAUGGUGAAGGUUCUUCUGUCUCAACCCAAGGUGAUGUUUAUAGCCUCGGCAUAUUGCUGCUUGAGUUGUUUACUGGAAGGAGCCCAACAGAUGAGAUAUUCAGCGACUCGUUGGAUUUGCACAAGUUUUCAGAGAAUGCUCUUCCAGAGAGAAUAUGGGAGAUUGUUGACCCGACGAUACAGGCACACAGAGAUACCUAUAACAUCACUACAAGAAGUGGAAUUCUGCAUUGUUUGGUUUCUGUUGUUACUCUAGGAAUAUCCUGUUCUAAUAAGCAACCUAGAGAGAGAAUCCCGAUACAGGACGCAGCCAAUGAGAUGCAUAAUAUUAGGGAUUCGUAUAUCAAGUUUACCAGAUCUCAUUUGGGGGAGCAUGGAGUAGUAACGACUCAGUAAUUUUUCAAAACAGUGAGCAUCGGCUGACUGAAAAUGGUCAAGAUGCCUAUAGGUGAUCACUUACCUGAAUAACUGAAUGUACAUGAUGCUAUCAUCAGUCUAUUAGGCUCAAAGGUGACCUAAGGUUGUCCUUUUGUGCGUGGUUAGAUGCCUUCAGUUAUCCUCUUUAUAAGAACUCUCUUUUCAUUCUAAUUUUAUAAAAUUUUGGUACUGCCAUAGUCUUUCCCAGUCAAAAAAAUGU